AUGUGCGGCUGGCGGCUGCUGGUGUUGUGGGCGCUGCUCCCCGCGACGGCUGAGGGAAACUCGGGUCGCUGGUACCCGCACGGCACGGUCCUCGACCCAGAGGGCAAGUACUGGCUUCGCUGGGGCCGACAGGGCGGAAGGCUGGCCUUUCGCCUGGAGGUGCGCACGACCGGCUACGUGGGCUUCGGCUUCUCGCCCACGGGGACCAUGGCUGCGGCAGACAUCGUGGUGGGUGGCGUGGCGCACGGACGACCCUACCUCCAGGACUAUUUCACAAAUGCAAAUAAAGAAUUGGAAAAAGACCCCCAGCAAGAUUACCACCUAGAGUAUGCCAUGGAAAACAGCACGCACACGGUAAUUGAGUUCACCCGAGAGCUGCACACGUGUGAUGCCAAUGACAAGAGAGUCACGGAUAGCACAGUGAGAGUUAUCUGGGCCUACCACCAUGAAGAUCCUGGAGAAUCUGGUCCCAAGUACCAUGACUCAAAUCGAGGCACAAAAAGUCUGCGGUUACUGAACCCUGAGAAAGUAAAUGUGUUGUCUCCAGCCUCACCAUACUUUGAUCUGGUAAAUCAAGACGUCCCCAUUCCAAACAAAGGCACAACAUACUGGUGCCAAAUGUUUAAGAUUCCUGAAUUCCAGGAAAAGCGCCACGUAAUAAAGGUUGAGCCUGUGAUAGAGAAAGGCCAUGAGAGCCUGGUCCAUCACAUCCUCCUCUAUCAGUGCAGCAGCAACUUUAACGAUAGUGUUCUGGACUAUGGCCAUGAGUGCUACCACCCAAACAUGCCUGAUGCCUUUCUGACCUGUGAAACUGUGAUUUUUGCCUGGGCCAUUGGUGGAGAGGGAUUUACUUACCCACCUCAUGUUGGAUUAUCCCUUGGCAUGCCAUUGGAUCCUCAUUAUGUGCUUUUAGAAGUGCAUUAUGAUAAUCCCACACAUAAGAAAGGCUUGAUAGACAGUUCUGGGCUGAGGUUUUUCCAUACCACGGACAUAAGGAAAUACGACGCAGGAGUGAUUGAGGCCGGCCUCUGGGUGAGCCUCUUCCAUACGAUCCCUCCAGGGAUGCCCGAAUUCCGUUCCGAGGGUCACUGCACACUGGAGUGCUUAGAGGAGGCCCUGGGAGCUGAAAAGCCAAGUGGAAUCCACGUGUUUGCAGUUCUUCUCCAUGCUCACCUGGCAGGCAGAGGCAUCAGGCUGCGUCAUUUUCGCCACGGGGAGGAAAUGCAGUCCUUGGCUUACGAUGAUGAUUUCGACUUCAAUUUCCAGGAGUUUCAGUAUCUGAAAGAAGAGCAAACAAUCUUACCAGGAGAUAACCUGAUUACUGAAUGUCGGUACAACACCAAGGACCGAUCUGGGAUGACUUGGGGAGGACUAAGCACCAGGAAUGAAAUGUGUCUCUCGUACCUUCUUUACUACCCGAGAAUUAACCUGACCCGCUGCGCCAGCAUCCCGGACAUCAUGGAACAGCUGCACUUCAUUGGCGUGAAGGACAUCUACAGACCCGUCACGACAUGGCCUUUCAUUAUCAAAAGCCCGAAGCAAUAUAAAAACCUUUCUUUCAUGGAUGCAAUGAACAAAUUCAAAUGGACUAAAAAAGAAGGACUCUCUUUCAAUAAACUGGUCCUUAGCCUGCCUGUGAAUGUGAGAUGUUCAAAGACAGACAAUGCGGAGUGGUCGAUUCAAGGGAUGACAGCGUUACCUCCUGAUAUCAAAAGGCCUUAUAAAGCAGAACCGUUGGUGUGUGCCAUGUCAGCUUCUGCUCCUCUGCAUGGCGUUUUCUCCUUCAGGUUGCUCGUGUGUUCUCUGUUUCUUGGAAGUAUGCUGGACACCCGGGGCUUGUGA